GUAUCACAUUGCGGCAUUGGCAAAAGCAUUAGCAGGAGGAGGAGCAGGAGCAGGAGGAGCGGGCAGGAUCAGGUUGCGUUGGAAUUGUGUCGCAACGCGUUGCUGCUGCUGCUGGGGAUUCGGCGGAGAUGGCCAUGACAGCUCACCUCGGAGUGUCCCUUCACGCUCGGCCUUGUAAACUGGGCUCGUUGCAAGGCUUGAAACCGUCGGAGGGAUGUGCAGUGCCGCGGAGUGUGAACCCUGUGAGCUCCGGUGCUGCCGUUGUCUCCCGGAGAGGAUUGGCUCUUAGAGCUUCCCAUGCAAAUACUAUUAGGGCUGCGAAGAAGGGAGCACCGCCAAUGAUGCCCGCUGUUCUCACGCCUUCCGGUCCCGUGGACUUGAGUACUCUCAUGUUCCGUAAUCGAAUUAUCUUCGUAGGAUCUUCUGUGAAUUCUGAGGUGGCUCAGUCGGUCAUUUCGAAGCUUCUGACUCUAGCUGCUAUCAAUGACGAGGAGGAAAUUAAGAUGUACAUCAACUGUCCAGGUGGCAGCACUUAUUCAAUUAUGGCUAUAUUCGAUGCUAUGCAAUGGAUUAAGCCAGAUGUUAGCACUGUUUGCUUUGGUAUAGCUGCUAGCCAGGGUGCGCUGUUACUUGCAGGAGGCAAAAAAGGCAAGCGGUUCGCAAUGCCGAACGCUCGUAUCAUGAUUCAUCAACCCCAAGGAGGCUGCGGGGGAACGGCAGACGAUGUUAGAAGACAAGUGAACGAAGUCAUGUCCUCUCGGGAUAAAAUAGACAAGAUGUAUUCAACAUUCUGCAAUCAACCUUUGGAAAGAGUGCGCAAGUUUACAGAGCGAGAUUAUUUCUUCUCUGCUGCUGAGGCAUUGGAUUUUGGAUUGAUUGACGGUUUGUUAGAGACAGAAUUCUAAGAUUAGGCAACAAUUCUUCCACGACUCCUGGGGCAGACUUUCACUGUAAUCGAAACUGACAACUACAAACGUGUUCCGCAUCGUACAGUUUGGUUUGUGCUCAAUCUUAGACAUCAAUGUCAUAGCUCAUUUGAAAUUUCCUUUUUUGAAAGCGCGUCAUCAGCUGCCAAUCUUCGCACAAGAUCAAGGAUUACACGGACUAGUACUGAGGACAGGUUCGAUUAUGGUGUAACAUGCGCAUUUGUGGUUUAACAUGAUGACACUUAUUCUUCUCAUCGAGUUAACCCUCAACUACAGCGUGCCACAUCUACUGUAUAAUCAAUAUGCCAAUUAAUCAAGAUGUUUGGGCGUGUUGCUCAGAUUGCGUCAGCAUUAA